CAGUGGCUCGACUCACCUGGUUUUACGUCGCCUGUGGCGACGUCGGUGAACGAACUCGGGAUGUCUAUGGUUUGCCAGACCGCCUAACUGAGAGACCGUACAAGAACUUGUUCGGUAUCGAUUUCUCUCGCUCGCGUUUCUCUCUCGUCGGCUCUGAUUACAAGUCCUUUCCUGUUUCUACCACCUAUGGGACACCUUUACAUUCCAGUACAUACCGCGUGCGCGUUAAUUACGGUUGUACAUCGGGACGCAGUUAACUCAGACCUUUGUCGAUCGUGGCCUUUCGACUACGAAGCGAUAUCUGGCUUCUCUUUAAAAAAGAAAAACGCAUCUCGUCGGAAGCGAAUAUACUCGCGUGUAACAAGUUAUCGAGAGUAUCCUAACGCGCUACGACGCGUUAACGAUCAAGCGUAUUUACUCUAUCCUUAUUCUAGAUUAAGUUUCCAACGGUUCGUAAGAAGCCUGGAUCUAAAAGGCGCAUAAACGCGAGAUUUUGAAGGUGCAGCACCCGAUAAGAUUAAGGUUAUCGAGACGGUAGGCGAUUGUGCCAUGACAUUAAAAUCGAAUUGUCCAUUUAACAUUAAUUAAUUUCGGGUUCGCGAAGCGGAAAACGUGAAGCGUUUGAAGGUUCAGUCUGUCCGGUGGUCAGAUCGCGGAUAGCCGCGUGCCUCGUUCGCGCUCGUGAAAAGCAUGUUGCGCGCAUACGAACGCUGAUCGUCUUGACUUGCGAUUCAAACACUUUUUUGACAAAUAUAUUUCAUGGAAGUUUCGCUCGCAAACGUAUACGUUGUUACCGAAUAUUUCAGCCGUUGAAAUAUAACGAAGUUUUGACCGGGAAGGCACAGGUUCGUCCACUCGACAACUUAAAUUAAACAUCGAACGCUCGGACAAGAACGCUCGAUUCGAUAAGAAUUAACUAAGAUUUUUAAGUAAAUUAUCGGAGAAACUUAGUUUACUGUACAUAUAUACAAACUGAACUCGAUGAACUCGAACUGAAACUAAUUCGAUAGUCUAAACUUAAAGUUAACUUAAUUACGCGAGUCGAACAUUAACGAGCUUAACAUAAAUUGGAAUCUAUCUUAACACCGUUAUUUGGAGUAACAUCGUUAUUCGAAACUCAACGCGGAUACGAGCGAUCGAUAUGCGAAUGUACUCGCGAAAAACAAUCAACAUAGCCAAACGAAAGUCGAUACGAUGAUACACGAGAACAGGACGUUUUGUCAGUGUUUCUUAACAUCGCGACGCGAUUCUCUAGAUAGAAGAACUGACACGACGUUUCCAAGUUCUUGCGGUCGAUCGAUCGACUAACAAGCUUCGCGUCCGUACAGCCUUAAACGGAAAUCGCUUGCAACCGCGAAUUGAUUCGCAAGUGAAAGGAAGGCUACGCGUCUCACCGUGUUUCCUUAAAAAUACCAGGUCGUCGUGAACAUCGUCUCCUCGCGAUUUUUGCUCCAUCGAAACGUUUUUCAGAAUCAAUCGAAUCAAAUCGAAUCGACGGGACGCGACGGUAUAUGAACGAAGAAUGUCAGAAGUGGCGAACAAUCAACGCGGUCUUAGCGGAUUCGCGUGAAUCUUGAACAGGCAAAGUUGAUUUUUUGCCUUGAACGCGGUGGUUCGGAUAAUUCGGCAGGAAAAUGGAUCAGGAGGAGGAACGAUCUCCUUUGUUGGAGAGAAAACUAAGCCUUUCGACGAAAGCCGCGUAUGCCUUGGGACAUAUUUUCAACGAUUUGACAGCUGCCAUGUGGUUCUCCUACACUCUUAUCUAUUUUCAAAGGGUGGCACUGUUGGAACCGAUUACUGCCGGGGCUCUGUUGCUUCUAGGACAAAUCGUGGACGCGUUCGUGACACCUAUAUUCGGGUUGUUGGUCGAUCGAUACCUGAAAAAGAAGACAUGGCACAUUAUUGGCUCGUUGAUGGUUACCACGACGUUUCCGAUGAUCUUCGGUGGUUUCGCUGAUCCGUCAAAUACAGCCGUUAUGUUCAUCUACGUGGUCAGCAUCACCGUGUUUCAGAUCGGUUGGGCAGCCGUGCAGAUCUCUCAUUUGUCGAUGAUACCCGCGUUGACCAACUCGCUCCUGGCACGGGCAGAUUUAACCGCGAUACGAUAUUCCGCUCAAGUCGGUGCUGCCGUGGUGGUAUUCGUUGUCACCUGGAUAGUCUUACCUACAAACGAGGAAGCGGUAAUUCGUUUGGCCCAACAGGAUAGUUACAAAUUUAGAAAUAUAGUUCUGACGGUAACGAGCAUCGGUUUGACGAGCACUAUACUCUUCCACCUAUUCUUGAAAGGAAAUCUUUUGGAGGGAAACGAUCUACGAAAAGAGAAUGCCGAGGAACCGACGAGAUUGGUCGAUAAUCCCUGCAACAAUCGAAACUCGUGGGUCAAUAGCAUGAUUCUGCUAAGGGUGGCUAUGCUGUACGUGGCUAGUAGGCUGUUUAUAACACUAGCCACGGUGUAUUUACCUUUGUACAUAGAAGAAACGGACGUCGACGGAAAAGAAGCUCUGGCUACGGUUCCUUUGGUUUCGUACUUAUCCUCGUUCGUCGCCGCAUUGUCCUUAAAGUACAUCAGUAAAUCAUGCGGUACAAAGGCGUGUUACUUGUUGGGCAGCCUAAUCGGAAUAUUAUCCGCGGUUGUCACGGAAUUCGCUGGGAAUUCUGCGGCGAUCAUAUACGUCGUCGCGGUGCUAAUCGGUAGCGCGAGUUCGAUCACGAUGGUCACGUCGUUGAGCGUGACGGCGGAAAUAAUUGGCCCGCGAACAGAGCGUAGCGCGAUCGUUUAUUCGAUCGUCACGUUUCUGGAUAAAGUUGUCACGGGAUUGGUCGUGAUUCUGAUCGAAAAACGAAGGUGCACGCAACCGGAAUUCUGCCCGAAUUACAACAGAGACACUCUGUCCCUGGUUUGCGCUCUGUCGAUGUCUCUGGGAAUCGUCGCAUUGUAUUCGAUAUCGCGAUGCCUUCCCUAACCACCGCCAUACGACUCUGCAUCGUUGCAUAAACGAAGGCUCAUCCAUGUUUUUGUCUAUACUUUUGUAGAAAAAUUUGUACCGCAAGUUGCUCGAAUAAAACUUUAGCGGCCAAAGAAACGAAGCGUUUUCGAUAGAGAAACGAGGGGAAUCGAAUUUUCGCGGUUUCUCGUACGAUAAACGGUAUAUUCGAGAAAUCGACUGGAUCGACCAAGCGGCAAGCUUCGCGAGGUUCGCGUAUAGAUGUCGCAACGCGACUAGCAUACGAUGCUCGGAAUUUUCCAACGGAGAUCGCGGCUGAGCAACCGAACACGGUAGUAGCCGCGAGAGUACGAUGACCUGCUCGAUUUACGCGUUACGUGGCGAAUCGUGGUUGCGUCGUAGGAACGUAAGACAAGAUCCGUUGAAUUCUGUUUAGCCGUUAUGCCUCGACGAACGAUACAGUACGAUUAUCACGCGGGUCUAUAACGAUAUAUGCGAGGCAAGGUUCGCGAAAGAGUAGGGGAAGUAAGAAGGAGCGAGAGAGCGAGUCGAUCGCGCUGGACGAAAGAAGGAGAAAGAAACGGGAGCAGGAGAAAGAGAGAAGGAAGAAGAAAAAGAGCGAAAUAGAAAGGGCGAGAAGGAAAGAGAGCGAGCGGGAAACGGGUAAAGAAGCAGACGAGCGGGGAGGCGCCUUGGUGGAGUACGAGGCAACGACGACGACAAGCGGCGCAAACGGCGCACAGGGCGCACACAUCGGCUCGUGCGAACAUGGCCCGGAAGGUGCGC